UCUGCGUCAUUCCCUAAAGUACUGCAAGGCAGGAAUGGGGAAGAGGUUCCCUACGAAGUGAUAUCAGGGGUGGGGCCAGAAAGGAAGCUUUAUUUGAAAAGGGAAUAAGCACUAGAGGAGUGAAGGCUAGUAUUUCCACUUAUCUGAAGGAAGAAACCGAGCAGGAUCUCUAGACUGACUGUGCAUUUUAGAUACAAAUGCGCACCCAGCCCAGCCCCAGGUCACAUCCCAAGGACAUGGACUUCUUCUGGACCAGCCUUGCCUUGCUUUUGACGGUGCCUCACAUUGCUGGCUUCCAGUGCUAUUCUUGUGAUGGAGACAGAGAUUGCUUGGAAACAGAGGUCUGUGAAGAGCAUCAGGAACAGUGCAGCACUACUGUCAUGACUGUAAUAUCGCGUCCUAAGAUCUCCACUUACUUCCUGAAGGGCUGUGACAUCAGUGGGAAACCAAACAAUUCCAUCUCACAUUUCUCUGGCAACCAAGUUGUAUUUCUGGCAGAGGAGUACUGCGACACUGAGCUCUGCAACAAGAUAUCACCCAAUGUAGUGGAUGUUCUUGUGGCUCGGGGUCAUCAUAGACGUACCAAGGAUUGCUAUUCCUGUACCACGGCAGAUAAGACCUGUUACAACGCCAGCCUAAUGUUAAUGAGCUGUGCCCGGCUCGAGGAAGACUGUGUGGAAAUCACAUCCUUUACUACAUCCACAGAGUUACCUGAAGAUGAACAGCACAUCAAGGGUUGUGGUCAACUCUCUCACUGCCAAGCCUCGGAGCCUCUGGGAUUCCAGAACCAGAAUAGUUUCCACCUUAUAAAAUGCUGCAACUCCAGCCGGUGCAACAGUGACAUGCAAGACUACAAGAAUACCCCGCUACCCCUGAAUGGCGUUACAUGCUUCAGUUGCGAGGGGAACGCCACCCACGGUUGCUCUCCAGAAGCUGUCACCAAGAUACAGUGUCAGGGUCCCAUGACCCAGUGCUUAGAAGCUUCUGGAAUUCAUGGCACCACAGGAGAUAACUCUGUUGUCAAGGGUUGUGCAUCCCCUUCCUGGUGCAACAGUCCCUACACUUCUGUCUACAAGAACCUGGGUGCCAUUCACAGCCGCUGCUGCACCGGUAGCUUCUGCAACAAUCGGAUUGUGGAUGGGACGCUGAAACCAUCUCCAAGGAGUCAAGCUGCACCCACAGCCCAAGUCCAACAGAUUUUGCUCUCCACCACUCUACUGCUCUUUGUUGCUUUUCUUCUCUCCUCAGGGAGCUCUUGACCUUGAGUGCUAAGAUCCGGACUCAGUCUGGACCAGGACUUAGCUGGACUCAGACCUAAAACCUUUCUCCACAAUCCUCUGUCUUAACACACAGCUGUGAAAGACUGCGGGCUGUAACAAAGGAGAUCCUCUGAGUAUAUACGGAGCACAUUUCUCGCACCACUGAGGAUGUGCAGCCACUCCGAAGACGCUGGGGAGAAGAGCACAGCUUGGAAGUAACAUGCUGUCCAUGACUAGUUACUACUCCAGGUCACAAGAGUAGGACAAAAUUACAUUUCUAAAGUAACAUGGCAAGUAUGAGUGAAGAUACUUUGGUGGUGUGUAAUGAGUCAUGAUUUCUUGUUAUGUUCAAAAAACCGAUCUCUAUCCCCAUGACAGAGAACAUAGGGGACGUAGGGCUUGUCUACAUGGGCCGGAAAACCCAUAUUCACCCCACAACCGCUCCUCUCCAGGCAUAUGAUAUUUCUGAGGAUUCACAGGCAAUGCAGGGCUUUUCUUUGAAAUUCCAGAGAUAACAGAACCACCUCUUACUUUGCAUUUGGCUGGAAACUUUGGAGCGGCAUUGCGGACAUGGCCAUGUGGCUGGAAAUACUCUGUGCAAUAGCUCACGCGAUAUAGAUACUCCAUGCCAUAUCUCAAGUGGUCAGCAUCAUCUUCCAGGUUUCUCUGAUUUCACCACAGUGAAUGUGGCAUUAUUGGAGUCACCCUGGUCCAGGAAACUGUGCCAAGGCUGCAAAGUAAAUGUGGAUUUCCCUGCUGGUGUAGACAAGCCCAUAGAGUAUACAGCUCCUUUAACGCUGAAGCUAAAAGCAGGAGCAGAUUUGUUUUCCCACUGAUAUAUGAGCCACCAGCUGCCUAGCUGGGAAAUUAUAAUUAAAGGCUACAAGAUUAAGGCAGAGAUGCUGGACUCCUCCUUGAUGGUAUUAGUUUUAACUCUGCUGAAGAGAUAUGCAAAAACGCAAACACCUCAUCAUAUUAUUUAUUCUUAUCUAUUGCUAUGAAGGACGCCUUUGCAGAAACAACUCCCUACCAAGAAAGAUUGGACCAAACAGUCUUUCUGAAAUCUGGGUAAUGCCUAAAUACCCUAAAGGCACCAGAUCCUGUCUGAUCUUGGAAGCUGAGGAGGGUCAGCCUUGGUUAGUACUUGGAUGGGAAAUUACCAACAAAUACCAGGUGCUGUAGGCUAUGUUUCCAAAGAAGCAACUAGCAAAACCACCUCUGUGUAUUUCAUGCCUAAGAAAACCCUGUGAAAUUCAUGGGGUCAGGUCAUGACAGGUAACUUGAAGGCAUGCAGUGCAGUGAGGAACGGCUCUUUCACUCUAUGUGUCUCUCAAGAAGAUGAAAAGAGUCUUUCUGAGUUAAACAAGAAGAUUCUGUCAAGAAACUCAGGGAUGCCUUCACCAUCCACUUAAGUUCUGCUGUCCAGAGGUUUGAUGGCAUGCCAUCUCAAACCUGUUUUUGUUAUUGUUUUAUAUAUGAACCCUAUUUAUGUUAAUAAACUAUUUUUAUAAUAUUGAAAUUAAACUCUUUCAAGUC